UUAUUUUUUUAUUUUUUUAUUAGAAAGAACAACCGGGAAGAUCCCGUCGUUUGUUCAAUGGCGAACUGAUUGAAUUCCAUGAUUGUUUUUCUUUUUCGUUCGCGGAAGUCUUCGAAUCCCACUAAUUUCAAGCGAUGAUUCGACAUUGCUUUGUUACCAAACUCCGGUUUAAUGCCUAAUCAAGGAAUCGUUUUACCAGAUUAACAAAUUCAAGAUUCCCGUUGGAACUGGAAGUCAAAAAUCCGUUCCACUUUCCAUUUCUCUUUUUCUCUUUUCUUGCAGAAGGAUUUGAUUUUAUUAUCUUCGUUGUGCGUUUCCUCCUUUGAAGUGAAGUGGAUUUUGCCAUCAAUCGCGGAUACGGGAAGCAAUUUGAGAAACCGAGACGAUGACAAGAAGAGGUUCUUAAGAUUUGGAAGAAUCUGAUUUCAUCGUCUUUCUUUGUUCAUUAGACAAGAAGAGGUUCUUGAGAUUUGGAAGAAUUUGAUAGAGUUUGAAAUUGAUGGGGGCUGCAAAUUCAAGGGAGGAACCAUCGGUUCGGUCCGUUUCAUCGUCGUCAUGGAGUGAUGCAUAUGCUCAAUCCCCAUAUACUCAAACCCCUUAUGCUCAGGAAACAUAUGCUCGACCUCCAUAUGGUCAGCAAAGUCAGAGUUAUGUGCCACAGCAAUCAUUUUCCUCACCGCAGUAUUACCCUCCUCCUGAAAACUACCAUGGUGGUGCUGCUGCUGAUAAUAGAAAGAAGUUCGACAGACGAUACUCAAGAAUUGCUGAUGAUUACAAGUCCUUCGAGGAGGUAACAGGAGCUCUUGCUCGUGCUGGGCUCGAGUCGUCCAAUCUCAUUAUUGGAAUUGAUUUCACAAAGAGCAAUGAAUGGACAGGUGCAAGAUCAUUUAACAAACGAAGCCUUCAUGACAUCAGUAAUGGUCCCAAUCCUUAUGAACAAGCCAUAUCCAUUGUCGGGAAAACGAUGUCUGCUUUUGAUGACGAUAAUUUGAUUCCGUGUCUUGGAUUUGGAGAUGCAUCUACACACGAUCAAGAUGUCUUUAGUUUCUAUCCAGAAGGGAGAUUUUGUAAUGGAUUUGAGGACGUGUUGAAUCGUUAUAGGGAAAUCGUUCCCCAUCUACGUCUUGCAGGACCAACAUCAUUUGCACCUGUUAUUGAGAUGGCAACGACAAUUGUGGAGCAGAGUGGUGGCCAGUAUCACGUUCUGUUGAUAAUUGCUGAUGGGCAGGUGACUAGAAGUGUGGACACUGAGCAUGGGAGGCUAAGUCCCCAAGAACAGAAAACAGUUGAUGCCAUUGUGGCAGCAAGCAAUUUCCCCCUUUCAAUCGUUUUAGUUGGUGUCGGGGAUGGACCGUGGGAUACAAUGAAAGAAUUCGACGAUAAUAUCCCCGCCCGUGCCUUCGAUAAUUUUCAGUUUGUGAAUUUUACUGCAAUCAUGUCAAAGAAUGUUCCCCAGUCCCGGAAGGAGACAGAAUUUGCACUUGCAGCUCUGAUGGAGAUUCCUUCUCAAUAUAAAGCCACCUUGGAGCUUAAUCUACUAGGGACUCGGAAAGGCAAUGCUCCAAAGAGGAUUCCACUUCCUCCACCUGUUGCAUCUUUCAGCAGACCAAGACCUCCUCAAUCCUUUAAUUUUCAGCCCAGCGUGCCUCCAUAUCCUGGGGAUAAUAAUUCAAUCGAAACUGUUCGUUCGAUCGAUCUUUCGUCCUACGAUGACAAGUUAUGCGGCAUUUGCCUUAGUAACCCAAAGGACUUGGCAUUUGGUUGUGGACAUCAGACUUGUGGCGACUGCGGACAGGAUCUUCAAAUAUGCCCGUUCUGCCGGAGUGCAAUCCACACACGGUUAAAGCUCUACUGAUCAAACCUCAACGAGUCAUACUAGUCGAAACAAUCAUCAUGCAAGUUCAUGAUAUGAUACACAGGCAUAACGCCUCGAUAUCGAACAAUUGCUUGGCCCUAUAGAUGUGAAAAUGUAGGCAAACAAUUCUAUUCAUACCUUUUGUUACAGAAUGAUGCUUUUAUCAAAGUUUGAUGGUUUGAGUCUUCUUGGUUCCAGUAGCCCAUGGUCAGAGGAGAAGGUGUUGUAAAUGAAAUUUGGCCACUGGAAUUCAUUCUUUUCUUCCUUAAAUUUAUUUAUCCAUUGUCUUUGCACAUAGAAAAAUAUGUUAUGUAAUGUAAUGUAAUGUAUGAUAUUUUUGUGUACUUUUUGGCAUGUUAUUUUAUCAAUGAAAAAUAAGGUAAUUUUAUCCUC